UCACCAAUGAUUGAAUACUUAAUAUUCUCAAUCUAACUUCGAAGUGGGUUCAGAAAACUGAUAUUGCCUUCUUCAGCACUUUGGACUUUUGGUCGCUUCAGACGGUUUAUCUUUAUAGAAAGAAUAAAGCCUGGCAAGAACAACUAUGGAAACAGACGGUUGCAAACCAGAUGGAAGUGAAUACACUGGUAUAACUGAACUGGUUAUCACGAACGAUGGAGCAGCUACCGAGUUGAGUGAAAUGGUAGCAAGAUUAGAAACAGACCAGGGCAGCAUAUGUCAUAAAUGUUCAAGUGAGUUUGACUCAAUAAAGGCUUUGGGAAAGCAUGGAAAGAAAGUUCAUCCAAAAGAAAGCAUAUUUGGUUGCGAGAUAGAUGGUUGCAGACGAGCCUUUAGCUAUCACGAGCAGAGAUACAAACAUUGGAAAAGAGUUCAUAUUAAACCAUUUAAAUGUCAAAUAUGUCUCAAAACUUUUCCAGACAAAUACCUACUGUUUAAACAUUUGAUCAAUGUUCACAAAGACAUUGAAUUUAAUUUUCAAAAAUGCUCAAUUUGUAAGCAGAACUUUGGUACCGAACAGGAAUUACAGGAGCAUUUGGUAAAACAUGAAGGAAAACGUCCCCAUCAAUGCGAUGUGAAGGGAUGCGACAAAGCGUUCAAGACCGCUUACAGCUUAAAAAGGCAUCAGCAAGGUCACCAGAGGGUGAAAUAUAGACGCAACGUAGAUACAGCAAACUUGCCCCUGUAUGAGUGCCCAGAAUGUGACGAAACGUUUAAUUCCAUUAGUAAUCUUGAGCGCCAUGGCCAGAAUGAGCACCCAGGCAUAAAGCUUUUUAAAUGUUCUGAAGAGAAGUGCGACCAACGCUUUACCUUCCACUACAAUAAAAUGAGACAUAUUCUUACACAUUCGGAAAAUCCUGCACGACCCCACCAGUGCCACAGGUGUGGAUUUCUGUUCAAGCGUACAAGCAGUUUGAAACAACACAUCCUGCAUGUGCAUGGCAUUCAUCCAACUGGUGAUGGGGAUGUUAACAAAUAUUCCUGCGAGAAAUGUGACAAGAUAUUUAGAACAGUACACGGACUGAAGGAACAUUCAACACUUCAUACUGGAGAAAAAGCUUUCAUCUGUUCUUUUGAGUCAUGCAGAAAAGCCUUUAGAUUGAAGACGUCUUUACAGAAGCACCUCAAGUUACACGCUGGGGUGAGAGGCUUCAAGUGUAAGUUGUGUGACAAGCAGUUCUCACGCAGGGAAAUGAUGGAAGCCCAUGUGAACAAGCACGCAGGAAUAAAGCAGUUUGUGUGCGGUAUAUGUAAAAAGCGGUUUUCAACACAAGGCAAUCUCACGGUGCACAUGAAUCUGCACAAUGGGAAGAAAUACCUUUGUGUGGCGUGUGGAAAUAUAUACAACUUUAAAUCCAAUCUCAAUAAACACUUGAAAGACUGUCACCCGGAUCAAGACGUGGCGAUGGAUUAUGAACCAGAAGAUGGCACCAGCAAUUCUUCAUAAGUUUCCAGAUUUUAUGGGAGUGAUGGGAGUUUAUUUGUACAUGUAUAUAUGUUGAUUCAAGUUCCCAUGGAACUUUAUGUGAUGUAUUGAACUGCAUUUGGUUGCAUCUUGAAUGAUUUUUGUGUAUUUAACAUUUCCCUUCAAACCAUGAGUCAAUUCAAUCAAACUGGGAUACAUGUUUCUGGAGUGGUCCCUUUAUGGAGUUUGCCAAAGAUUUUAUUUCUUUGCUGAUCUGGCAUCAUGACAUGAUAAUCAAAAGAAAAUUGCCUAUUACUUACAAUCUCAACGAUUCAGGUCAUGGAAAGUAUUUUUACAUCCUAAUAAAUUCUUAACUUAAUUUUCUAAGAUUUUCAAAGUCAAAUUUAACAUUUUUAACAUAAAAUAUAUGAGCCGCGUCGCGCGAUGUUGGGCCUUCGGACAUAUAUUUGCUAUUACAAUGUUUUAAGGUAUUUAAAUGAAAUUAUAUUUCAGGAAGAUAUUCUGAAAAUUUCAUGAUGAUAUCACUUAAAUUGCGUAAGAUACGUGCUUACAAGUAAGACCAUGUAUUGCACAUUUUGAAUACUAAAUUUGACGUCAUUCAAAUGACGUCGUUACGAAAGCACAUUAUUCAAAUGACAUGCAAAAUUAACGUAUCAAUAUCACAUUUAGCUUAUAAUUUAAAUUCUUUUCUUAUCAUAGAAUCUUCAAUGACCAUAAAUUAAGAUAAAAAUUAUGAAUCAGUUUUGUAUUUUUAAUACAUUUGGCAGUUUUAAACACAGACUAUUAAUGCAGGCAAAAUAUGUCGGAACGAAAUCCAUGGUUGCUAGGAAACAUGAGUAAACCAAUGUUCAUAAAUUGUCGAGAAAAUGACGCACCAAUGACAAACCUUUAAAAGAAAGAAGUUUGGAAGAAAUUGAUUAACAUAGAAAAAUCAUUAUUUUGGGCAUUUUUUUUAUUAAUGAUUAUUUCAUUUGUAAUAUUUAUGUCCGAAGGCCCAAAAUCGCGCGAUGCAGCUCAUAUAUGAAUAUUACAUAAAAUGAAUGAAAAAGAAAGUACUUUACAUAAUGUUGAGUAAUUCUAUUAUAUGAUCAGUGAGGUUUUUACAUUGAAAUAUAAAUGCUUUCAGUUAGGAAAUGACUUAAGAUGUUUUUACGGCACCAGCUUUAAAAUUUAAGGCAGGUGAAAAAGUGGAUAAAAAUAUAAAACAUAUUUUCCAGGUAUUUUGAGAUAUUUAGAACAGUCAGACCUCGUUGGCUUGAAUUUUCUUGGCUUGAAUUCCUUGUUGGCUCAAACUAGAUUUCUUUAUACUAUAUGUUAACAGUCCUGCUUGGGUCAAAUUUUCCAUGUUUCGAGGUAUUUUUGCCGGUCCCUGGGAGUUUGAGCCAACAGAGUUUGACUGUAUGUCACAUUGCCUUGUGGUUCUCGACCAUGGUCGAACAAGUCCGUUAGGGUUAUUUGAUUUGCAUAAAUUUGUUAUCGAAUAUAUUUCAUUAUUUGUUAAUCUAUAUGUAUGAAACAUAUCAAGGGAUUAUAGAUCCUAUGACAUUCUCUGCCAUACUUGCCAGUUCGUUGUUUGUCUUAACCCAUUGACACUUUUAGUGACUACGCAACAAGUUCAGUAGAAAUCUACUCACUUAAAAGCUGUAAGGUCCACAACUAAGAUGUUUGAUGCUAUUCUUUUUACUUUCACCAAAUAUCUCUAAAUAUAACUUUGUUUUGUGUAUGUUUAUGAACAUAUUGUCAACAUCACUGAAUUUGACAGUGGUGUGUGUUGAUAUAUAUUACAUUGAUUAUUUAAGGAAAUAGUUGAUGGAUUGAUAUCAUUAUUGCGGUAUGAAUGCAGUUGGGCUGGUUAAAGUGUGUGGAGUCCAAAAUUAACCAGCCCAACUGUGUUCAUAUCCCCGAUAAUGACAUCAAAAUAAGCAAUUCAUUACUUUUAUAUUUACACCAAUAGUUCAUUAUAUCAUUGAAGAAUUGUUAAAAUUACUCAUUUAAGAAAUCUAACAGUAAUUCUUUCUUACCCAUUCUGUAAAAAGAAUGACUGACCUUGACCGGAAACAUUUGAAAUUAUGUCACAAUAACACGGGAAAAAAUCAAUUGCUACAAAUCACUUUUAAGCGUAAAAUUAAAAAAACUUAUGACAACAAUACAUUUAACACAUCAUUAAUGGUGCCAUGUUGUCAGGAAUAUUUGGAUGAUUGAAUGAAUUUUGCAUCCAUGGACCAAAGUGACAGCCGAUUUGUCAUAGACAUUGGAUGCCAUUGAGGCAGUUUUAAGAUUAUGACCGUAAUCAAAGUGUGAGGAUAGUCGGAACAGUUUUUAAAAUGUUCAGAUGAUGACUGAUUUUUGCAGAUAAACAUGUAUCUUCUUAGCAGCAGGGAAUAAGUAAAUAUGACAUAACUUUUGAUGACCUAUAUGUGUUGUGACGUUGACCUUUAAGUUUGAGUGCCAUGGGUGCUUUUUGCGUUCAAGGUCACUGUGUCCUUGACCUUUGACUCGAUGAUCCCUAAAAUCAAUAGGGUCAUCCACUGGUUAGGCCCAACCACCAAGUAAAGUUUGAGGGCCAUGGGUGCAAGCAUUGACAAGUUAUCACUAAGACAACCAUUUCACAUUCAAGGUCACCUUGACCCAAUGAACCCUAAAAUCAAUAGGGGUCAUUAACUGGUCUUGACCAGCCUUCAUGUCAAGUUUUAUGACCAUAAGUCCAGGCAUUGUUGAGUUAUCACUCGGAUAACCUUUGACAACCUUUUCCCAUUUAAGCUCACUGUGACCCUGAUCGACCGCCCAACAUGUGCAAAGCAAUAUAUACCCCCUCUUCUUCGAUGGGGGGCAUACCAAGAUAAACAGUUUUCAAUUUACAUGUAAAUUUUUAUGCGAUAAUUCGCAAUCUGAAGCUGUUGCAUUUAUCGGCAAAUAUUUUCUAAAGGCAGUUCAUUUAAGGAAUGGAACUUGAGGUGUAAAUAUAUGAUAUGGAGAAACAUUUUUUUUAGUGAAAGUCUUUGUGUUGUGGUCAUUAUGCAUGAUCAUUGACCUAUGAUGCUUUUAAUAAUAGAUUGGGGGUUGAAAUGAAGCCUAGGUUUAGUUAUACAUGUGUUAACUGAUGACACAGGCCUCAAGCCUUGUAGUUCUUUUAGUUUGUCUUCUUCUUUUUUUUAAAAGUCUUGGUACAUAAAUUCAAUGUUUCAGUUAUAGCACAGAUAUGAAACCAUAUUUGCACAAAAAAAAACAUGUUACCAAUGAAAAUAUGCAUAUAUGUGUGUGGGCAUGUUGAACAGUACACAAGAUUUACAAUUAUCACCUCACCUUACUUUAGCUACAACCUGAUUUUCACAAGAGUGUUUAAUCAAUUAGUCAUUUAAUCAAUAUAAAAGGAGUAGAGAAUGUGAAGGUCAGCUUACAAGCCGAUGCAGAUUUUCCAUGCACCAACUGAAUCAAAAUAGCGCUAUCUAUGAGGCAGGAACAUUGUAGUUAUGACGAUACAUGUAUUGCAUUGAGACUUUAUAUGUAUUGCAUUGAGACUUUAUAUGUACAUUGUAUUGCAUUGAGACUUCAUAUGUAUUGCAUUGAGACUUUUAUGUACAUUGUAUUGCAUUGAGACUUUAUAUGUAUUGCUUUGAGACUUUAUAUGAAAUGCAUUGAGACUUUAUAUGUAUUGCAUUGAGACUUCAUAUGUAUUGCAUUGAGACUUUUAUGUACAUUGUAUUGCAUUGAGACUUUUAUGUACAUUGUAUUGCAUUGAGACUUUAUACAAGGGUUUUCAGCCAACCAACUUAAUAAACUUCAUGUUUAUUUUGUAUACGAUGCGAAUUAUUACCCUUUAUUAUUUGACUUAGGACAUUCUGGUUAACAUUUGGCAUGAAAGUGGCAUAAAUCAACAGAUGCUUCGUUGAACAGCUCCUAACCAUCCAAACUCCUUAACUAAAAAGUCAAAUAUAUAUCCUCCAUGCAAUGCAAAUUAUGGCCCUUUAUUAUUUGACUUAGAUAUUCUGGGUAAAAGGGGUGAAAUGGUGACUGUUUGUUUUUGCAUGCUAUAUUAAAAUAUGGCUCUUGUAGUUUAUCAGUGGUUUUUGCAUGCUGUACAUUUCUUGUAAUGUUUGUGUAAGCAUAUUUGAGUACUGUAAUAUGGUAGUUGUGUGUGUGUGUGUGUGCGUGUGUGUGUGUGUGUGCGUGCGUGUGUGUGUGUGUGUGUGUGUGUAAAUACCAAGUUUAUUUUAGUACUUAAUGAGGAUUUUGUAAUGUAUAUUUUUAACUCAAAGAAAUUGUUUGCUCUCAGAAAGACUGCAUAACCAAAAAAGGUUACAAGUAAAUUAUAAAUAUAUAUAUCUGGAAUUUUUUAAUAGAGUUUUAUUUGGUGGCACUUUUUGGUGUAUAACUUGAUGAAAUGUAUUUCUACAUGAUUAUGAUGUUGCAUUCUAAAUUAUGGCAAUGAUUUAUAUAAAAUUGAUAAUCACAUAAUGUUAUAAAUGUAUGAUAUUUAGACUUGUCAUAAAAACCAUGAUUGCCAAUACAUAUAUGCAUGAGUGUGUAGGUUACAUGUAUUAAACCAUGAUCAUAUUUGUCGGUCUUGUGUAUCUAUUCCGAGAUUACGCAGCCAGUAUUCUUACAUACAGCUGGAUUGAUACACACGUUAU